AUGAACAGCACAGACGGUCAAUGGGAUAUGCCACCGUAUAAAACACAUGCCGUCUAUAACUAUGGGCAGGUUAGGAGCAUACCUGGCCUCAAAACUACUGUGAUGUUGGGCGUACAAGCAGAUGGUAAGCAACGAUUCUACAAUCUCAAGAAUCUCUACGGCUGGAGUGAGGCGAGAGCGACGCAACAGGCGCAACAUGCAGCAACCGGAAAGAGAGGAGCUGUUAUUUCUCGGUCUACUUUCAUCUCAUCCGGCAGGUUUGCCGGCCACUGGCUGGGUGACAAUACCGCAGAAUGGCGAGACCUUCAAACGUCAGUCAUUGGAGCGCAGGAGUUUAACAUGUUUGGCAUACCGUAA